AUGGCCACAAGCAAUCCCAUUAUUAUAGCAAAAAAACCGAGCGAAAGCGGCGACUUUGAAGGCCACGAUGCGGAACAGGUCCGAAUGAUGGACGAGGUCUGCAUUGUGCUAGAUCGAGAUGAUAACCCUAUAGCCCAAGUAAGCAAGCGGGUAAGCCACAUCAUGACAAAUAUCAACAAAGGACUCCUUCAUCGCGCAUUCUCAUGCUUUGUCUUCAAUUCAAAGAACGAGUUACUAUUACAACAGCGUGACGACACAAAAGUUAUAUUUCCGGGAUUGUGGACAAAUACCUGCUGCUCCCAUCCACUCGAUAUUCCCGGAGAGAGAGAUGAUGAUUUUGCGGGUGCUAUAGCAGGCGUGCUGUUAAAUAAUUUUGUGUUCCUAACACGCGCGCAUUACAGGGCUGCUAAGCCUCCAGGAGAGAGUUUGUGUGGAUUAUACCUUUUCUUACAAGUUGAUGUCGAUCUUGCUGUCAAUCCCAACGAAGUCAAGGAGACACGGUGGGUGUCUCCGGAGAAGCUUAGGGAUAUAUUCAAGGAUCCCUCAUUGCAGUAUACACCUUGGUUUCAGUUGAUCUGUGAGAGUUUAUUAUUUAAGUGGUGGGCGGCUCUGGGAACGCUUGAAUUCGACCAGUAUAAGGGGGAGAGCGAGAUUCGGCACAUGUAG